CAAUCACGCAUUCGAUGCAGUUCUGUUUUCAGUAAUGAUUUGUCAAUCAGACGUUUCAGAAGUGCGCUGUAUGUAGUUUAGUCCAGAUCAUGGAGUUCCAACCUCACUCUGGGGAGCAGUACCCAGCGAGUGAAUACUUGGAAGGAAGCAUUCCUGUAGAGGGAUACGUGGGAGAGGAUGGCCACACCCCCAUUGUGGAAGAGUACGUCGAAGGCCCUCCGCUACCAAUACAUGGCUCCUACAGGGAACUACACAGCCUGAUGGCAGAUGGUGCGGACCGCUUUGGGGUGUCGGCUGUGGCCUUUGACAGACAAGAAGAGUUAUUCUGGAUGGGAAACCAAGGGGGUCACAUGACAUCCUAUUACGGCCCCCAAAUGCAGAAGUACACUUCAUUCCAGAUGCACCCCUCCAGGGAGAUACGGCAGAUCACGACGUUUGACGACGGCGUGCUGGGCUUAACCAGCGACAGCCUGCAUUGCCAUGCCCGACAGGGGCUCCGUGUCUUUGACUAUCGAGGGGAGUCCCUGCAGGACAUGCAGUGCAUGCUGAUCUACAGCGGUACCCACCUGCUGAUGGGCGGGCACCAGACUCUCCUGGUGGAGUUUGACCUGAUGGAGGGGCGGGAGGUGGCCACCUACACUGCCCAGGACCCGGGCGUAGCCAUCAUGAGGCACGGCACCAACUUCAUCUGCUGCGGGGAUACCAGCGGAAAGGUUCACCUUCGGGAUCUGAGGACCCUGAAAGUAGAGCAUCAGCUUGAUCCACACUCGGGCACGCUGUCCGACUUUGACGUCCACGGAAACCAGCUGGUCACUUGUGGCUAUGGCGAGAGGAACGGAGGCUUGUCAUUGGAUCGUUUUCUGAUGGUGUAUGACCUUCGAACCAUGCGACCUAUGAACCCUCUUCACAUUCCCAUAGAGCCCUGGUACCUGCGCUACGUCCCAACUUACUCCAACAGGGUUGUCGUUGUCAGUCAGACCGGUCAAUUCCAGCUGCUUGACCCUGGUGGUCUGGUGACCCCUGAAGCCAUGCUUCUUUACCAGGUCAACAUCGCCGGUGACAUGACCCUCGCUCUGGAUGUCUCCAGCAACUACAAGGCCAUCGGCUUUGGGGAUUCGGGAGGGUACGUACAUCAGUGGACUGAUUCAGAAGAGGUGACCUUUAAUGCAUUUCCAAGAGAGACAGAAUUCGCUCAUCCACCUGAGCACCACCCACCCAUCUCCAUCAGCAAUGAGUUUGCCUCAUACUCGUCCAUCCCGAUGCCCUUCAGCGAGGGGCCUCUUCUCUCCGACUGGCCCCAGGAGUACUGCCGUCCUGUGGUCAGGCAAGCCCCACCCAUUGACCCGGAGAUCCUGCGCUCCAUGAAGGUGGUGCAGUUCAUCGGCUACGCCCCCAACCCGGGCACCAAGAAACGCAACCAGGUCAUGUAUAAGGAGGUCAAACCGGAGAAGCGAAAAGGCAAGGGCAACGUGCCCGAGUCGCCCCUCGGAAGAGACGCUGAUAUGCAUAUGUACAUGGUUCCCAAGUAUUACCGCAAAGUGGAAAUCAAAUACUCUAAGCUGGGAGUGGACGACUUUGACUUCCGGCACUACAACCAGACUAACUUUGCCGGUCUGGAGCCACACAUCCCCAAUGCCUAUUGCAACUGCAUGUUACAGUUGCUGUACUUCAUUGAGCCACUGCGCUGUGUAUUGGAGAGCCACCUGUGUACCAAAGAGUUCUGCCUGGCUUGCGAGUUGGGACUGCUGUUCUACAUGCUGGACCAGUCCAGAGGACAGACAUGCCAGGCGAGCAACUUCCUGCGAGCCUUCCGUACCAUCCCUGAGGCCUCGGCCCUGGGCCUGUUGCUAGGAGAAGCGGAGGAAGCAGCUGGCAAGGCCAACUAUCCCCGUCUGAUCCAGAGCUGGAACCGGUUUGUGCUUGCCCAGCUGGUACAGGACACUGCAGAAUCGGAAACAGGAGGAGGAACAGACGCGGCCCAGCAGAUGUUUGAGGCAGACGUUAAGACGGAAGUGAAAUGCCGAUGCAGCAAGGAAACUACAAGGUCAUCCUCGAGCCUGUUGGUCACCCUCACAUAUCCAGAGUUCCUUCCACCAACGGCCACAAGGCCUGCCAGAGCAGUGUCAUUUGCCUCCGUCUUACAGAACAGCAUGCUCCUCGAUCAGACCAUGCAGGCAUGGUGCGACGACUGCAACAGGUACCAGCCCACGUCUCAAAAGCGAACCUACAAGCGCUUGCCUGAUGUCUUAUCUAUCAACUGCCACUUGGAGUCCAACUCCGACAUCAUGUUCUGGAAGAUACAAGAACAGUUGGCUCAUGCCAGGGAGGCCGAGGCUCACAAACAGCAGCUAGAAGCCAACCUGGCCAGCAUCAAGAUGUGCCGCUAUGGCCAAUCCUGCACCAGGCAAGGUUGCAAGUUCAGACACAUGGAUGAGAGAGAUGCAUCCAACCCCCUCCUGCAGGAAGAGAAUAAAGCAUCCUGGCUGCCCCUGGGUCUCAGGAUGCGACUGAAUAAAGAUGGAACCCUGGAGAUACAAGAAGUCAGGGAUGACGAGAAGGUCGACAGCUCCUCUGGCUUUGUCGACUAUUACCUGCAUGCCUCCAUCGCUCAUAUCAAGGAUGUACGGACAGCGGGCAAUCUGGUGGCUCAUGUACAGGUGGGCAAGACCUACCACAAACGCAAAGAGGGAGUAUCACACAUGCAGUGGUACAUAUUCAAUGACUUCAGCAUUGAGUCCAUCGAGAAGCAUGAAGUGGUCCAAUUCAACAUGGAAUGGAAGGUGCCAUGCGUCCUGUUCUACAUGAGAGAGGAUAUCAACAGUCACUACGACAUAACAAUCAACACGCCCAUUGACCACACCGUUCUCCAGCCUGAGGCCUCGCUGUCCCAAGGUGUACUUAGUCACAGUACCUUCACUCCACUGGAGGUAGAUGAGCUGCCAAAAGAGGGCGACAUUGUGGGUAUCGAUGCUGAAUUUGUCUCACUCAAUCAGGAGGAGGCUGAGAUUCGGAGUGACGGCACUCGAUCCACCAUCAAGCCCAGCCAGAUGUCCGCAGCCAGGAUCAGCGUCAUCCGCGGACAGGGACCCCUGGCAGGCCAGCCAUUCAUUGAUGACUACAUAUCCACACAGGAACAGGUUGUGGAUUACCUGACCAAGUUCUCGGGCAUCAAGCCAGGGGAUCUGGAUGCCACUAUCUCUUCCAAGCACCUGACCACGCUCAAGGCCACGUAUCUCAAGCUGCGCUACCUGAUUGACUGCAAGGUCAAGUUUGUUGGACACGGACUGCGUAAGGAUUUCAGGGUCCUCAACCUCUUGGUUCCACACAAGCAGAUCAUAGACACUGCUGCCCUCUUCAACCUCCCCAAACAGCGGAUACUGUCCCUGCGCUUCCUGGCCUGGUUCUUCCUUGGCAUGAACAUCCAGUCAGAGACCCAUGAUAGUAUUGAGGAUGCUCGGACCGCCCUACAGCUCUACCGCAAAUACCUGGAGCUGACGGAGGAGGAGGAAUGGCAGAAAGAGCUGAAGCGACUCUACAGCGAGGGACGCAGCCUGCAGUGGAAAGUCCCCGGAACUACUUGAGGGGGCGGACUGCAGCCACAGUAUUCCUACGCCCCUUCAAGAGAGGGCUCAUUCUUCCGGGACUUUUUGGGGGAUGUCGGCUAAACUUCAGCCGAGUCAUUGGGAUUCUAUGACAGAGUGCCAUUAGCCGUGUGUCCCUGUGAGCCACUUUCUAACCUUGCAUUGGACGUGCUGAAAACGCUAUGCCGCAGUUUGCAUGUGAUACCAAGAUGACGUUUCCUCCACAUGUACAUACAAACUCAUACAGGAGAAACCAACAGGAAAUACAGAGCGAAUCCACCAACUUCAACUUGUCAUGUCCAUCACAAGAUAAACUGCCGACGUUAUUGUGUAUUGCAAAUUGAUGUAAAGCGUUUUGCAAUUUUUCAAGCUGUUGAAUUUUUCUUGACAUUUCUCAAGCCAGCAGUAUUUGCGCCACCAGCGGUAACGGCUGUAUUUUGAAUUGCCUCUCUGUUGUGUUCUAUCAUAAGAAGAGAACGGUAUUUAAUACAAGUCAAACACUUGUCGGCCCACUGAAAUUGUCAAAAUCAUAUUUCAUUUAAAGUUUUUUAAAAGCUGUAAAUAAAAAGCUUUAAGAUGACCAAAUGAAUUUGAAACAGUAGAAAUAUGUUUUCCUAGUCGCUGCUUCCAUCAUGUCAUUUUCUGUCUAGUACUAGGGAUAUCCCAGGUAAGAUUGAGCUCUCAGAUCAAACAUCUAGGAUAUCUCACGGAGUGAAUGUGUGCUUACAUGUAUAUAGAAACUUGAGCCCCAUCGGUAUUUGGUACUCAAAGGGUUUGUGUGACUCCUUAAUGGACUAAAUGGUCAUUAAAGUUAUACAUCCAUGUGA